UCUCAUUUCAUAGUACAGGUAAGGUAUUGAUAACUAUGAGUUGGCAGUGUGCUCCAAACUCUGUGAGAGAGAGAAAUAAUAACGGUGUCUCUUUUGCCAACAGUGCCUCAUAGUCCUCAGGGUGUGAGAGUGUAAGGGGGUGCGGCUGCCACAAUUCCAGAAGAGGGAGGGAGAAAGGCAUUCUGCCUUUGAACCCCAGAGAGGCACAAUCUGCCCCAGAGACUGGUAUAAUCGUGAUGUCAGAGGAAGAUGGUAAACCCAUCCAGGCUCCGGAGGCCAAGGCAGAGCCAGUGGCCCCCAGUGGCCAGGGACCUACGUCCGUGUCCACAACUGUGUCGGGGCCCCCCACCCCCACCGAGGAUGAGGAGGAUGAGAGCGAAGACGAGUCUGAGAUCCUGGAGGAGAGCCCUUGCGGCCGCUGGCAGAAACGCAGAGAGGAGGUGAGACACAUUGACCAUUGGACUGUCCAUGAACGUAUUGCAACAGUGUUUGUGAAAGUACUGAACCGUGUCUCUGCCUCUGUUCUCUCCCCCAGGUGAACCAGCGGAACGUCCCAGGGAUAGACGCUGCCUACCUGGCCAUGGACACAGAGGAGGGGGUGGAGGUGGUCUGGAACGAGGUUAUGUUCUCUGAGAGGAAAAACUUCAAACUGCAGGAGGUAAAGUAUGUCUGGCUGCUACACAAACAUCUCCCCUCUCUGUCUGUUCUUGUGUCUAGUAGAGUUAUCGUUGUACUAGAGCAAAUAUCUUAAUUUGCCUUGAACACUGAUACAAACAGGUGAUCCCACCUCUAUGGCGACUUUAGUUAAAUGCUGUCCCCAUGUUCUCCCUAUUCCUCUGUGAACAGGAGAAGGUGAAGUCUGUGUUUGACAACCUGAUUCAGCUGGAGCAUCUCAACAUUGUCAAGUUUCACAAGUACUGGGCUGACAUCAAUGACAUCAACCGUGCCAGGGUGAGUUCUGACUCGUCUAUGAGAGGAAAUACUUUCCUUGUUUGUAUCACAUGGUCUGGUUGAUAUAGUCAGGCCAAUGUGAGUAAGGAGUCAGUGAAAUAAUGUAACACAUAAUUUCAAUGAUUCUUCCUACCUGAUAAGUUGCUGUCUUCACCUCAGGUGAUUUUCAUCACAGAGUACAUGUCCUCGGGAAGUCUGAAACAGUUUCUGAAGAAGACGAAGAAGAACCACAAGACCAUGAAUGAAAAGGUGCAAAUAUCAUAAUACAAUUUGCCCUGCCCACCAAGUCCCCUACAACACAGUAGCACAUCAAAGGAUGUUUAGCUUUGCAGAUAAGACAUUCAUUAGUCUACAUGUAACAGAAUGUAUCAUUUGUUUGUUCUUUAGGCCUGGAAGAGAUGGUGCACACAGAUCCUCUCAGCGCUCAGGUCAGUCUCUCUCACUCAUACAGACCAACUCUGUCAUAGCUGCAACACUAAUAACAGGGCCCCAUAUUCAAUCAAAACAGGUAAUCAGGGUGAUGUGUAGUAGGCACGAAACAGGAGAAAAUGUUUUGUAAUGGUGUGAAACAUGGAUGUUCUACCUCAACUGAACCAAUAAGAACAAUAAUUUUGUUGAGGUGUGCCUUACGGAACACGAACCUGGUUUACGAUGACAGAUGAAAACAACUAUGGGGUUGACUAACUCCUAUGGUCUCUGAUGAGCCUCUGUUAGUUACCUCCACUCCUGUGAGCCGCCCAUCAUCCACGGGAACCUGACCUGUGACACAAUCUUCAUCCAACACAACGGACUCAUCAAGAUAGGAUCAGGUAGUGCUCCAGUCCUAAACACCCGGGUGAACAGCACCACACCAGCCCUGUAUGGGUUUAGCUCCAGGUUAUAAGAUUAUAAGGCUGCGUUUACAGGCAGCCUAAUUCUGAUCUUUUUUUCACUCAUUGGUCUUUUGACAAUUAGAUCAGCUCUGAAAAAAAUCUGAUGUGAAAAGAUCUGAUGUGAUUGGUCAAAAGACCAAUGAGUGGAAAAAAGAUCAGAAUUGGGCUGCCUGUCUAAACGCAGCCAAAUAGUCUGACUGUGUCUAAUCCAGUGUCUGUUCUCCCCCAGUGGCUCCAGACACCAUCAACAACCAUGUGAAGACCUGCAGAGAGGAACAGAAAAACCUGCACUUCUUCGCUCCUGAAUAUGGAGGUAAAGACUUAGAAUGCCUUGGAUAGGUCAGAUGUAGGUUAAAUAUAGGAUAUUCUCAGGAAAUAUCUUUCACUAAAACCAUCAUUGCCUCAUGUCUCUUCUCUCUCUACUUUAUCUUCUCCCUGACCCCUGUAGCUGUUGCAGAUGUCACCACUGCAGUGGAUAUCUAUUCCUUUGGGAUGUGUGCCUUGGAGGUGAGAUGGCACUCUCAAAUUGAAAUGCAUUUAAAAUUGAUGUAAUCUCUGUGCGUCAGAACUCAUGUGAUGUCAUAUCACCGUAUCAGGCUUAUCUGCUCUCUGCUGCGUUGAGGCUUGUGUUGGGUGGAUGGUGGUGAUAUCAUUGUGUGUGUCUGUUAUAUAGAUGGCAGUGUUGGAGAUCCAGGGGAAUGGAGAAUCUUCCUACGUCUCUCAGGAGGCCAUCAACAAUGCCAUACAGUCACUGGAAGACCCACUGCAGAGGGUAAGUGUGUGUGUGUGUGCGUGUAAUAUUAUGGUUGUGUGUGUGUGAUACCCAUGUGUGUGUUCCCUGCAGGAGUUUAUUCAGAAGUGUCUGGAGGCUGACCCGUUUAAGAGGCCUACAGCCAGAGAGCUGCUUUUCCACCAGGCUCUGUUUGAGGUGCCCCUGUUAAAGCUGCUAGCUGCACACUGCAUCGUCAGCCACCAGCGUGAGUCUCUCUCGCACACUCUCACAGAUAAACACUACGCCACCAGAGUGAGUCUUCACACAAACACGAGACACUCGCUCAUUCUCACACACAAACAUACACUGCAUUAUCAGCCACCAGCGUGAGUACCUCUAUCUUCUCCAUACCUCUCUCAGAUAUGAUCCCUGAGAAUGCCUUAGAGGAGAUCACUAAGAACAUGGACCCCAACCUCAUCAUCGCUGAGAUAAAGGAGGGCGUGCAGCUGAAGUAAGAGACACCAACAGUUUAACUAUCUUUAACUGAGUAAGUUUUAGAUCUCAGGGUAUUUUCUUCAGUCCUGUGCUGAUCCGGUUUUUCUCUCUCAUCAGGCUGUCUCAGUUUCCUGCCCUGGAGCUGGAUAAGUUCCUGGAGGAUGUCAGGUAAGGAACUCGCCAUCAGCUACUGAACAGGACCAGGAAGCUGUCCAGCCUAUUACAUAUUUUCACCACUAGAGGGUGUAGCUAAACCAGAGCGCUCAUAGACCUCUACUGCUACAUUACUAGAGAAGCAUCUUGUAAUGCACUAUACAAUCUCUGGGGUGGCAGUAUUUAGCAUUAGCCUAUUAUUGUGCUUUGCCUACAUCUGAAAUAUAAGGUUUUUCUCUAGCCCUUCCCCCGUUCAUACUUUUUAUUGAAGUAUUGCUCAAAUCUGUGUGUGUAAAAAUGUAAGAGAACCUACAAACACUCAAGAUUUGCUCCCAGAGUUUUGAUGUUGCAAGGUGACCAUCGUGGGUCUACACUUUAGCCUUAAUAACAUGUGUAUGCUUUACCUGUCUCAUCAUGAAAUGAAUGUAACCCCUCUGCCCUCCCUAACAGGAAUGGUAUCUACCCCCUGACAGCGUUCGGUCUGCCCUCUCGCCAGCAGCCCCAGCAGUCCCCUGUCAAAUCCCCCAUUGUCACCCCCUCCGUCAAAUCCCCUACCCCAGAACCUUCUGAACUAGAGACACGCAAGGUGAGGGAGAGGAGAGAGUGGGAAGUAAUAUAUAUCCAAUCAAUUACUUCAUAAUAGUAAUACAUUUGAUUUGUUGGACACCUAUCUGAACACCUACAUUUCUCACCUUCUGCAGGUUGUUCAGAUGCAGUGUAAUAUUGAGCCAGUGGAGGAGGGUGCAAAACAUCAUGUAAGUAGCUUUAAUCUCAUCAUUUUCAGUUCAAUGAAUAAAAGUUAGAUGACAUCAACAAGCAUGUUCUAGUGGCCAGUCACUGAAUGUGUAACCUACUCUAUAUCUCCUCCUCCCUCCACAGCUGACACUACUGUUGAAGCUGGAGGACAAACUGAACAGACACUUAAGCUGUGACUUGUUACCCAGUAAGAACAACAGAAACAAACAGACAUGUCAUUGAGCUGGGCAGGCAGGGGCUGGAGAUCAAAGUGUACGUUCAGUUAAAGGAAUACAGAACGCAUACUGUGAUCUAUGCUAUUGCUAACCCAGUGUGUUUUAUUAGACCGCGCUUGGACCCUUAGGUCUUCUAUAACAAGAACACGACAAUCCGCAGCCACUAUACUGCUCCCAAGGGGGCCAAUGGGAUUAAGUCUUACUGGACUGUCCUCUCCUAAUGACGAAUGGGACUCAAUGGAACACAGGUGCAUAGGCCAGACGGGCCACAAGUCUCGAUCAAACUAUGUAGCCAGUCUCAAACUGUUAGACAGGUGUUUGGGUAAGAUAACAUAGCCACACAGCAUUCCUUUAAACAAUGUCAGUUUUCACAAUCGAAGAGAUUAGAGUUGUAACCCUCCCAGCUCUUGUCUGACCCAGCUUGUUGUGUAUGUUGUCUGGGAAUGGCAGGACUUUGGCCACAAAGCCUGUCUGUGUGUUUUGUCUUUGACUCCAGACACUGGCCCUGCCCUAGUGUACUGUAACCCCAGCCUAAUCCACAUCGGUGGGGCUGCUUCAAUUGCACUCAUAGCUGGCAUGAUCACUGUUUGUUUGUGUGUGUGCCUUGUAUGUGAGAUACCAGUGGGCUAGCGUGCAGAUAAGGUGGAAUUGGGUGGAGGGGGACAAUGCAUGGAAGGCCAUAUUGGGGAUCCUUAGACUGUACAAACACAGUAUUAUGUUGUACCCCAUAGGGAAUACAGGUCUAAGUUAGGGAUCUACGUGGAACACUAGUCUUCCCAUAGUCAGGAGGGUGUGUUCGUAUGAACCCCCCCCCCCCCCGACACACACACAUGACAGGCGUGUCUAGUGUUGCAUGCCCAUGUGUUGAGAAUGUCAGGCGUGUGUGGAUGUUGCUGGCAGCUGCUCUGUCUCUGGGGAGGGCUGGGGCACGGACACACCCUGCAGGGGAUACAAAUGCAUACAGAUUGCCUACACGUACACAAACGUAUACUCACCCAUGCAUGCAUAUUCCUUAACUACCUGUGUCUUCCCAUGUCAUACAUGUACCUCCUAUUGAUACUUAAGCUGCUCCUAUCAGAGACAACAGUCCAGUGUAACUCUGUUGGGAUACUAACACAUUUUGAUAUUGCACUUAAGAUUGCGUAGGAACAAAUCUGUGUAUAUGCUACCACUGACCCUACUGUUUCUGUUCCAGAUGAGAAUGUACAGGAACUGGCUGUUGAACUGGUCCAACUGGGCUUUAUCAGCGAGGUAAGAGUGUGUGUACUUGUGUGAGAGAGACGAAAAAGGUUGUUUGUAGGUGUUCUGUGGUAGAGUGGUGUGUGUGGGUUUGUGAGAGUAAGUGUUGUAGAUGGCAGAGGAGAGUGGAUUAGUGUCCAUUAUGAGUGUCGCACACACUCUAGCUCUGCUUGACCCCUACACUCUCACACUCACUCUCACACACACACACAGGCAGUGUGCGCAAAUGUCAGAUAGCAGCUCCUACUCUCCACUCUACUACAGAUAGGAUGCUGCUUUUAGAUUCUCCCACUCCGUACUUAUAGCUCUGGAGCAUGCAUACAUAAUAUCUCCCACCCCCAACUCUUGACUCUUCUGUGUGUGCUCCCUCUCCACAAAAUGUGAUUGAUUGUCCUUACAGGUGGACCAAAGCAGGAUGGCCACUGUACUAGAAGAGGCCUUCACCAAGUUCUUCAGCAGGAACGAUUCCCUCAACCCUGUCACUGUGUCCACAUAACAGGAUCACCACAGACCCCCACUCCAGUACCUCUAUAUACGCCUCCACAGGCACCUUCGUAGGUGGUUUGAAAUCAGAUACAAAUCUAAUUCCUGGCCAUGCG